AGGCCACAUCCAAGAAAUUUUACAGUCAAUAAGACUAGUGGAGGUGGUGUUUACUCUAAACAGACCGAUGGUGGUGGUGUUGGGUUCCAUUCAUCAUCACUUGAUCUCUAAAUCCGCAAUAAUAAUCUCAGCAAACAUUUCUUCCUCUUCUUCUGUGAACAAGUCACAGAGAUUGUUCCUCACAAGGCGGAAUUCUUCAAUAUUAGCUACUUCCUCAAUUUUAUCUUCUUUUCUACAUUUGGCGUCUUUUCAGUUGGAAAAUGCUCGAGUAGAAGAAGAAGCACCUCAGCGCCAAGAAGAACGGGCCGUUCAGGUAUUCGAAGAGGCUUCUCCUUCGGUGGUUUUUAUUAAGGACCUUGAAUUAGCUAAGACCUCGUCAGGCAGAAGCACAAAUACUGAAGAAGUUCUUACGAAAGAAGAAGAUGAAACUGCGAAAGUCGAAGGGACUGGUUCUGGUUUCAUAUGGGAUAAAAGUGGACACAUAGUGACCAAUUAUCAUGUCAUAGCUAAGUUGGCAACUGAUACGACUGGACUUCAGCAUUGCAAGGUAUUUCUUGAAGAUGCACACGGGGAAAAGUUCUCCAAGGAAGGCAAACUUGUUGGUUUUGAUCCCACGUAUGCUUUGGCGGUUUUAAAUAUCGAUGGGUCCGAAAAGGCGGGAAUACUUAUUAAUGUAAUAAAAAUUAGUUUUAAAGUAAGACCAACCACUGGGUUAGCCUUCAUGCAAAAAAAGAUUUAUUUUGAACGAGAACCCUACACAACGAAGUAUAUCACAACGGGAAAGUAA